AUGGGCUACAACCCCGACAUCCCGUCGACUUGGAGCAUCAAGCAGCUCCUCGAGUACGCGCGGCAGCGCGGGAUCGACGUACCGAGCGGGUGUGAGAAGUCGGAGCUGGUCACCAUCGUCGACGAGUACCUCACAGACGAACUUCUCGCGGAGCAUAUUCGCAGCGAAAGCGCACUGGACACGGACGUCAUUGGGGACAUCGUAGCCGCUAGCACCGCGUCCAUUCUGCGGCAUGUGGCACACCCCUCCUAUACCAGCGUGCUGCGUCGCCAUCCAGCGAAACUGCAAGCGAUUAUUGAAGCCGGCAUCGAGCAGCUCCAGUCUCUUCCGUUUGUUGCACGCCUGUGCAGUGCGCGCGUGCACAGUCCGGUGCAGGCGUGGCUGGGCACCUUAGCCUCGGACUGCGGCGAUGGCAAGCAUCUGCUGACUGUCCUCAAGGCGCCGAACAGCGACGUAGCAGCCUCGCCGGUGUGUGGGCGCUUCUGUGGAGAGCAAGAAAUGGUGGUGCGCUGCCUCGACUGUGGCGCCGACUCCACAUGCGUCAUGUGUAUGGACUGCUUCCGCCACUCUCCGUGCGUCAACCAUCGCUACCGUAUCACGCAGAGCUCAGGCGGUGGCAUGUGCGACUGCGGCGAUCCGACCGCGUGGAAGUUGGAGUCCUUCUGCAGCCGUCAUCGCGCCGCUGCUGCAGCUGCAGCGACGGGUGACGGGAACAGCGCGUCCGACCCCCUCGACACCAUGGCGGAAGAUGAUCGAGUGUGGGCGGUGCCGGUGCUCCGAGGCAUUAUUCAGUUUACUGCCGUUACGCUCCUGCAGCACACGCGUCUGCAGGUGUUGCAGAAGCGGGUGCAGUCUCGAGCGGGAAAGCAACGAAGGCCGACGAGCGGCGCCGGGAACAGCACUGCUAGCGGCAGCGGCACUGGCACAGCCGGAAGCGCCGCAACAGCACGCGUUAGCGACGCGGAAGCCGCGCUGCUGAACGAUGUGGCUCGCAUCUCGGACAAGUUCGACUGGUUAGAAGAGUGGAUGUCGGAGGUGACGCGGCAGCUGUGGGAGCUCAUCCAGGCCAGCGACAUCGCCAAACGUCUCGUGGCGCAGCUCUGGGCAGAGCCGGUGCGAAUGGCGAUGAGCGGCCGUCCAGGCGCAGUUGUCACCGCCGUGCACGACAACGAGGAAGAAGCAAGAGGCGAGGAGGCCGGCACGGCCGCCUCGAUGGCGGACCCCGUCCUCGACGCGUUACCGCCAAACUUCACCUGUGUGCACAUGGUGUUCCUUCACGAGGCAUCGCGGCCCAUGACGGCCCGCGAGCAGCCUCUGAAUGCCACCAGCAGAUCCGCGCCGUGGCUCAACAACCUCCUUCGGUGCGUCGGCCACUGCUUAAGCGACGCCAAGUUUCGCUUCCCGGUCGGCGGGCUGAUGGCGACGUAUGCCGAGUACAUCAACGCACAGGAGCGCGCUGAGGACAAGAACGAGUGCUUGUCUCAGUACCAGGUGCAGGUGCUAACGAACCCCGACGUGAUCCGCCACUUGAUGACGCCUUCGCACCUGCCUUACAAGGCGGCAACGAACACAGUGCUGCACAGAGAGCUGAGCGCGUUGCUCUACGCGUUAUGGCUCGCACGUGACACCGUCAGUGGCGCCUCUGCGAACCCGGUGACGGAAACAGCGGCGCUCUCGCGCGACGGACUCCUGUUUGUUGCACACCAAGCUGCGCCCGUCUCGCUGGCAAGCGUGACCGCGCUGCAGUCAUGUCUGAGCGGGUCCCCUGCGGCCUGCUACACACUUGUGUUGAACCGACUCGCGUGGCGCGCCUUUGUGCAGAUCGCCGGCACCCUGGCUAUCAGCGGCUACAUCUACAAGGACCCCGAUGCUCCAACAGACUCCCAGCACUAUCCCACGCCGGAUUUCAUUGCUCGCUGCAUCUCGCGCCACAUGUGGUUGUGGGUGCAUGCCAUCCGGGUGGUUCUUUCAUGUCUUCUGAGACUGCCUGUGACAGCAGCAACGGAUUCGUCGGCGUCGAUGCCCGCCCUGUCCCACGACGCCAUCGCGGAGGCGCUGGGGGUCACGACGGAGCUCUGGGAGACGUGGCGCGGUGCUACCGCCUUCGAUACACCACCGGAUCGCCUGCGGCAGAAGGGCCCGCUGCUGGAGAUGCUGUCGGCGUGCAGGGUGGCGAAUGGGAGGGACGAGGCCCUCUUGCUGGUGGAGCACGGACCCAUGGCGGCGGCGCAGUCGCGCGCACUGGGAAAGCAACAAUUGGCGGAGCAGGCAGGAACGCCAAAGAACGCCAAGACAAAUGUCCUGGCGGCCCCGGCGUUGGCGACGGCGAUGGGGUACACGAUACAAGCUCUCUAUGAGAUUAGCCGGACCAUGGAUGUCGUCUUCGAAAAGCAGCGCGAUGGCUUUUGCCGGCGGUGUCGCUCCAUCGUGCUGGAGCGAAAGACCCCCACGGGUCUGCCGAGAAGCCGACAAGCAGCGAGCCAUCGUGGCACUUCACAAAACGAGGAGGCGCACGACACAGACGCGCCGGCAGGCGCAGGGCUCCAGGCGCCGUCACCGCCUCGAGGUGCGGCGCAGCCGCGACCCGUGCGCUUCCCGUCGACGUGCUCGGUGGACAUUGUGGACUACACGCUGCUGGAGCCGCACGCGCACGCCACCACCUUUUCCAGCCACCUUCCUCGCCUUUUCGGGGCUGUUCUCACGGCAUGGGUUAUCGAAAACCAACGCGCCACAUCUCGGCUGCAAAGUGCGGCGUCAUCGUCCUCGGCCGCCCCGGCGGAGGUGCUCGCCACGACUCGCAUAUCUGGCCUUCCAACGGCGAGCGCGAACAGCACCGCACCAACAGGGGAGACGUCGGGCCUCCAGGGUACCCCCGCACACGUGCAUCGGCCUCUGCGGUCUCUGCUGGACGCCUUCUUUCAGGUGCGAGCGGAGGUGACGCGCAACGAGCAGGAUCGCCUCACCUUCUCUCAGCAGCUCCUCGACUCGUUGGUCAUGCCGCAUGUGCUGACCGGCCAGGUCGUCGACGGCUUGUGGCGCCGUGGUGAUUAUGAUGUCUCCUCUGCCGUCACGAUGUACCUGACAUUCUCGCGCGGCGUGUCGGCAGAAUUCGACAUCCUGAUGAUGCAGGUGCUCACGAUGGAGCUGGCACCGGCCGACAUGGCACUGCAGAUCCUCCAGCGCUUCUCUUACGCGAAGCGACGCCUGCGCGACGCGGACACAGAGCAUGCGACCCAGGCGCAGUGGCGACGUGCCAGCGCAUUACACGGGCAGCAAACCGCGGAGCAGCUCCCUGAGAAGCCCUUGGACGUCCUCCCAACGAUGCUGGCAGCGCGGCGGCCGUUCUUUCGGCGCUGCCUGGACGGCUACAAGCACCUUUUGCGCCUCAUUCUCACGAUCGUGACGGACGUGUCCAAGGCGGCAUUCCAGGCCCCCAUGUCCUCGCCCGUCAUUGACCGCAUCGUCGGGGGCCUUCUCGCACACGGCAAGGCCUCCCACUCCUCCAUCGUCGCCAACGUCAACGGAACCGCCCGUGGCGGCGACUACGGCGACGCCGACGAGGACGAGAAGGACCCCAGCGGCAACGUGAUCAAGUUCUCGAUGCUGAUCGACGCCGCGAUCCGGAAGCUGGCGGUCGCCGAGGACUCGGCGCAAGGGAAGCAGUUUCGACUGAAGGAUGUGGAUGUGUGGCGCACACACGUGGGCCUGUACCACAUCGGGGUCGUUGAUAGUCAUCUCGAGGAAUUUUACAAGACGUAUCGAGGCCUCGUCAGCGCAGCGGAUGCGGCGAAGCAGAAACAAGCAGAGUCGCAUGCGCUCGCAGAGGGCGACGAUGCCACGGGCGGUGGCGGGCAGCAGCAGCAGCAGAAACGCAUCUCUCUGCCACCCACACAGCUGCCCGACACGAACAUGUACGCAGAGCUGGUACCCACCACCCGGGCGUUGCUGCACACGGAUGCCGUCCUGUUGCCGGCGCUCUACGUAUUGCACGUGUACGCCAGCUACCACGUGCCCGUUGCUGUCGCUGCCACCUCGGAUGCGAAGGUUGCAUUGGCGCAGAAGGAGGGUACCACGUCCACGGCUGCCUCGGCACAGGAGUCGCCGCUCUCUCGGCACAACAACGCGAUGCACGAGGGUGCCGAUGAUGGAAGGGAAGACACCGAGAGCGGGAGCGAUGAUGACGGCCACAGCGACGACAGGGAAGACGCCAACGUGAUCACACGUGAGGCGUUGCUGCACGCCACCACAACCCUGUACCUCUGCGUGCAAGACUGCGUCUCCAUCACCCGAGCCAUGCGGGCUAUCGAAGGCUACAGCGGCGAGACGGCGUCCGCUACCGAGAAGGGCGUCAUCUCGUGGGACCUCCUCGAGCUAUACCUCCGCCGAUUCCCCAUCAACGAGCCCUCCUUCACUCACGCCUCGUGUGCCCAGUGGCUGCCAUUGCCGGAGCUGGUGCCGUGCCAAACCUUGCUGGAGAAGCUGAAGACCCCUGUUCAACUCCACACACACCCGUCAAACGGCACGUCCACCGUCACCACCACCUCCUCCGCUGACAUGCUGCAUCGUCUGCGUGGAUAUCUUCUGUCGAACAAGGACGCCGAUCCUUACGGGUGCCUGGAGAUGGUGGAGGCGGUGCUCGUGCAGACUGGACUGGCCACCUUUAACACAGCCGACUUGCUGGAUGAGCAGAAGACGAAGGAUGAGGCGGCGCAGAGCCGGAAGAAGGUCAUUCAGGAGCGGCAGGCCAUGUUGAUGCAGCGCAUGCGCAGUCGCGCGCUGAAGGCAUCGGAGAAAAUGAAGGCGGCCGCCACCGCGGCGCAGCAGCAAGAAGGACAACGCGGUAGCGACGAGGCCUCUGGCCCCGCGGCAUCACCGUCGGAGAAGUCCCCGACGGGCGGGGUGGUUGGCUCACUUCUUGCCAAGCUGCUGCUGGAGCUGACGACGUUGGACUGCUGCGUGUGCUGCUCCGCGACGGAGGAGCCGCUCUUUCUGCUCUGCCACACCGGCACCUCUGGCGUGCUGCCUCAGCUUGGCGCGAUUUCGCUGCCGGACGGCCGCCAUGUGCACAGCCACCUGAGCAUGUGCGGCCACGCCGCACACAAGUCGUGCGUGGAGAAAGUGUUUGUCCGGCUGUCAGUACUGUGGCAGCGGUGGAACUUCCGGAGUCAGUUCUAUCUCGGCCCCACGGAGUUCAACUGCCCGCUCUGCACAACCAUUAUUACGGCGCUGUGCCCAAUGCCGGUGCUCCCCGGCGGCGGCAACGGCGACUUGACGGCCCCCACCUCCCGAAUAACCCGAAUGCUCUCGUCGGCUGCGACGACCCCCUUUGCAUCUCUCUUCGAGGAACUUCAGAACGGCACCGUAUCGGCCAGCAACCAGCCCGCCGUUGACGUCGCGGCGGAGUUCCACAUAACCUUGGCGAACGCCGCCGUCGGCUUCAGCCCGUCCGAAGAUGUCCCCGCCAUUGUGUCCGCCGAAGACGAGCUCCAGCAGAAGAACGAGGCCGCCUGGCAACUGUCCGAGGCUAUCCGCGCCUUCUGUUACGCCUGCCACCUGCAGCUGGAGGCUGUCAAGGCCGGCCAAGAGCUCGGUCAUCGCGACCUCAUUGGGCUUCUGUCGGUGCUAGUAAGCAUCAUGCCCGCUGAACUGGAGCGGCAGCAAGUCGACCUGCGCUCCAACUACGCACGAAACAUGCCGGACAACGAGAGCUUGCUGGUCAUGGAUGCGCUGCUGCAGCCCCGCGACGCGAGCAGGUUGAUCACUGCUCACGUCCUGACACAAGUGCUGCCCUCUAUGCCGGCGAACUUUGUAGCACGGCUCGUGGCCGUUGCGUGUGCCAGGUGUAAGGACGACAACGACGAAGGGGCACAUGCCGCCGCCGCGUCGCUGGAGGAGGAGUUUACGGGGGUGACGGUGGACCUCUGGCAAACUGUGGGUGUGCUGACACUGCUCAAGGCCCUUGUCGUCGAGGAUGCCCAUCAUGGCGUCGUCCUCCGCAGCAGCACUUUCACCGUGGCAGGCGCCGUCACCUUUUCGGUGCUGAGCGGGGCCAGUGUGAGGACCCCAGCAUCCCGCUGCACCUCGAUUCUGCGCAUGCUGCAGUACCUGUUGCCAGUGCCGCACAAGAGCACGGAGGCGGAGCUGCAGGUGGUUGCCCAAGAUAUCUUCGCCUGCACGCAGGCGGCCACCACACCAGGCACCCCCUCCUGCUCCGGGCAUGGUAUGGAAAUCGUGAAGUCAGCUAUGCCCUACACCACACCAGAGGAGUGGGUCGCACAGAUCGCGGAGAAGCUGCUGCACCUGCCCUCUGUCUAUACCACCGUUCUCACGCGCUUUGCAGAGCACAAGCUGUGCACCAUAUGUCACCAAGAGCCGAUGAAGCCAGUGGUGUGUUGUCGAUGCGGGAAGUUGAUGUGCAUGCAGCCGCCAAGCUCGCCACCGGAGCUGUACACGCACACGCGCACCUGCGGCGGUGCUAUUGGCAUCUUCCUCGUUGUUCGUACCGCCAACUUCUACGUGUUGGAGCUGACGUCUGGGCGCGUCUACCACUACCCCUCCAACUACACGGACGAGUACGGCGAGCACGACCGCAACCUGCGUCGUGGCAUUCCGCUCUUCCGCAACACCGAGGAGACCCAGAAACUGGUCUUGACGUGGAUGCUGAACAGGUGGGGUGCCGUGUCGUCCAUUUUCGGCGUCUCAAACCGCAUGGACCUCUCCACCCUGUAG